CACAAAUACAAUAUAUUGUAAAUUUGUCGUUGAUAAAAGAUAAGAAAAAUUGCUUUUAAGGGAGCUGCUAAACAGUCUUUUUGCGAAAAUGACGCGAAUGAAACUUUUCGUUUUUGCGGUGAUUCUCUGCAGUUCAGUGAUCUCAGCCCAGAACUUGACUGAUUCUUUAGAGGAUGAAUCAGUAAUUGACCGACUUACUGAUUCUACCGAUGAUAAUGAUGUUGCGGAAAGCACGACGAGUAAAUGUGAAACAACAGCCGUGGAUGAAAGAGUAAUGGGAAUGAAUAUUGGUCUAUUUUAUAUUCUUGAAGAACUCAAAAAGAAUCCAUCCACCGAACUUCUCAUCAAGGUUCUGGUUAUGACUUCAAAAAUCGAAAAGCAAAGAGGUUCCAUCAUAUCUCUGAACAAAGAAAGAUUGAAAAUAAUUUCGGAUCUUGUUCCUGUUGCUUAUAAGGAAGCUAUAUGUUCUUAAGAUAUUUCAUUUAAAUAAAAAAAAGUCUUUAAAAAUUA